GCCCUGAGUUCAAACUCAAGUUACCUCCCUGCUCACCCCCAAAAAAGGGGGCAAGUGACUAGAGGAUAAUGACAGAAUACUAUAGAAUCCCAGAGGAGACUAGUGGCUAGGGGAAGGUCUUAGAAAAGAAUAUCUAUUUGGAUCCUCACUGUCCUCAGGACAGGGAAAAAAAAACCUAAAUGUUGAAAUGUGAAUUACAUUAAACAUGUCACAGAACAUUUUCAGAUUUGCUUUUCAACAAUGGGUUUAAAUGUCUAAAAGUCAGAAGCAGGCAGUGGACUUGAUUUUGGUAGUGGACUAGUUUGGUAAUCCAGUUCCGGAACAAUGAAUCGGAGUUUUGCCUAAGAGAAAAGGGAGCACACCAUUCUAAAAUGUAUGCUCUGAAGAUAGAUGGAGCAACUAAAAGGUUGAUGGUGUCUUUCUUGCUCAUCAGUGGAUUGCCUCUGAUGGUGAUUAUCCAUAAGUCCUGGUGUGGAGCUUGCAAAGCAUUAAAACCCAAAUUUGCAGAAUCUACAGAAAUUUCAGAACUUUCUCAUAAUUUUGUUAUGGUAAAUCUGGAGGAUGAAGAGGAACCCAAGGAUGAAGAUUUCAGUCCUGAUGGGGGUUAUAUUCCACGAAUCCUUUUCUUAGAUCCCAGUGGCAAGGUGCAUCCUGAAAUCAUCAAUGAGAGUGGAAACCCCAGCUACAAGUAUUUCUACGUCAGUGCUGAGCAAGUUGUUCAGGGGAUGAAGGAAGCUCAGGAAAGGCUGACUGGUGAUGCCUUCAGAGAGAAACAUUUUGAAGAUGAGUUGUAAUAUGAACAUACAAUCCCUUCUUGUGGCAAAGUUGGUAUUCUGAAGGAAAAUGGAAGCAGAGGAAAUAAUUGAGGAAUCACCCAAAACAAACUGACUAGGAAACCUUACUUCACCCUACACUGGAAGAAGCUAUCUUACCUGGAAGAAGACUGCUAACAGAAGCUGGUCUGUGUUUUGUGGAAAUAGUACUUAGGCAAAUUUCCUUUUCCUGCUUCCUAUCAGCUAAAUAUCUAUUUGCCUCUGAAUAUGAAGAGUGAAACCUAUUGACAAAAAUCUUGAGCCACUUCUCACACAUCAGAAUUUGAGCCUUUAUCCAUUUCCUUCCACUUGAAUUACCUUGGUGGUGAAAAGAAGACCAGUAGCAGCUUUUCUUCAGUGUCCAGUUCAUGGGAAUAACAUCAAUUUUUAAGAAAACAGCAAAUUCUAAAUGUAAAUCAGUAAUUCUGCUCCCUAUCAAGGAGACUAGCUGGUUUUUCCCCCCAUUUCUACUGGGAAUAAUGUUAAAUCUCUGCAACUACCUUCCUCUUAUCCUGUUCUGGCUUCCCUGUUUGCACACAUGUAUGUACAGGAAUGGCCAUGUGCUUGGACUCAGUUCCAGCUGGAAGCAUGCUUUCUCUGUUAUUGUUGGAGAAACUCAAGCCUUUGAGCCCUAUAUGGAGACAUUUUUGUCAAGUCAUCAACUGUAUUUUUAUACUGGGGUUAACAAAUAUAAAAGAUAAACUAUUAAUUGUACCAUUAAACUUUAAUAAAACUUUUAAAGGAAAUG